AUGCCACGUGACAUCUCAAGUGCCAAGAGUGGUUCGAAGAUAAAGCUUCUCGGUUACGGUGCAGUGCAGCAGCAUGCCCGGAGGGCGAGGAAUGUCGUGCAAUUGCCCGCAAACGAACGUGCAAUUAAGCGUCGUGACGCUAUCGGCCAUAAUAAGGAGCCAGCUGUUAGUGUUUUAUCAAACAAGCUUGACCCAGCGGUAUUAUCAUCCGUUAAAGGCUUGCCUGGUGGAAACGAAUACACUCAGCGCUUUGUUGUCAAACUUUGA